UAUAUUCAUCUCUCUCUCUCUCUCUCUCUCUCUCUCUCUCUCUUUUUAAGGCAUAGUUUCCAACAGCUUCUUGCUUUGGUCCUUCAAUGGCUCUGAUGUUUGAUAAUUGUGAAGGAGUAUUACUAUCACUAGACUCCCGCAAAGCAGUUCCGGCACCAUUCCUUACAAAAACCUACCAACUGGUCGAUGAUCCGACCACAGAUCAUAUAGUUUCAUGGGGUGAAGAAGACACCACUUUUGUCGUUUGGAGACUGCCUGAGUUCGCUAGUGAUUUGCUUCCCAAUUACUUCAAGCACAACAAUUUCUCCAGCUUUGUCAGGCAGCUUAACACUUAUGGUUUUAGGAAGAUUGUGCCAGAGAGAUGGGAGUUUGCCAACGAAUUCUUCAAGAAAGGAGAAAAACACUUGCUUUGUGAGAUCCAUAGAAGAAAAACUACACACCCAGCUUUAAAUCAUCAUCACUAUCCUCUGAAUCCACCGAGUUUCUUUGAUUUUCCUAGUAGAAUCAGCUUCUCCCCAACUGAGUCAGAUGAACGCGGCAACUGGUGUGAUUCACCGCCACCACUUUUUUCCACUGGAGGAUAUAACAGCUCAGUGACAGCUUUAUCAAAAGACAACGAAAGACUAAGAAGAAACAACAAUCUGCUAAUGUCUGAACUCUUACACAUGAAGAAGCUUUACAAUGACAUUAUCUAUUUCGUUCAAAACCACGUGAAACCUGUUACUCCAUUGUUCCUUUCUGGUCCUCCACCUCCUGUUAACACCAAUAAUUCAUUAUUACAAAAGCCAUUGAACCAGUUUCUCGGGAAUUAUCCCAACACUCCAAAGCCCCAAGUUCAGGUCUUGAACUCUCCGACAGAAACAUCACAGAGCUCCUUAACGAUCGUCAAAGAACCGAGCAGCAAUAGUUGCAGAAUAAAGCUGUUUGGUGUAAAUUUACAGUCGAAGAAGAGACUGCAUCCCGAGUAUAAUAACACAGCAAACAUGGAGACUGGCAAGGCACGUUUUCUUGCAAAAAGAUGA